UAUCUUAAAUCGUGCUAGCGACUAGAAAGUAGAGAGCAAGUUUGAAAUUGUAUUAUAUUGUGAAUUUUUUUUUUAAGUUGCACUUGGUUUAUAUCUACAAAUACCAAUGUCACAAUUAGGAAGAGUAAAACAAUGGAACACGUUUGCUCGCUGUUGGCAUUUGUUUGAUGCAGCUUGGCAAAAUCCUUUGGAAUGUUCUCCGACAAUUGAAAAGUAUUUAAAGGGGCUCAAUAAACCAAUUUAUCAUCCUUUAGUUGAUUGCGGCGAUCAUGUUGUGGUUAUAAACAGUAAACAAAUUGCAUUUCCUGGCGAGGAAUGGCGUCGACGUGCUUAUUUCCAUCAUACAGGAUAUUCAGGUGGAGCAACUUGGACUCCAGCUUGGGAAUUACAUGAUAGAGAUCCAACUAUGAUAUUCAGAAAAGCUGUUUAUCAUCAUAUGAAAGGCAACUUAUUCAGAAGAGUAGUUAUGGAACGCUUACACAUUUUCUCAGACUCUAACGUACCAGAAGAGGUUAUGGAGAAUAUUACCAACCAAAUUCCACCAUUAAGAUCUAUACCAAAGACAUUGAGCUCUUAUAGUAAAGAAGAAAUUGAAAAAUACCCAAAGAUUAUAGACUACCCUGAAGAUUUUAUUUUGUCAAAAAAUUAAAACUAUAUAUUAUGUUUAUAAUAUUAUUUUAAAUUAGACUAUUAUUAGUAUGAUGUAAAGAUAAAAUUAACUUUUUUUCAAUUGAUUAUUGAUUUUUUUUUUAAUAAAUUCUAAAAAUAAAUUCUAAUAUUUCUAACAAAACACUUUUGUGAUCUCAGAUCUGAUCACCUACUAACAAAUAAAGUAUGAAUAAUAAUCAUUAA